AUGUCAUUAACAGCAGCUGAUGGGGGCCAUAAGAAAGUGAUCAUCCAUGUCCCACUGUUUGUAAAGCACCACCACCACAAGCACACCAUUGUCAAACAUGUACACCACAAAAGCGGUGGCGGUGGUGACGACCACUACGAAGUGCUUGGCUACACUUAUGGUGAGCCGAAGGCUGCUCCUCAUUUUGGUGGAGGCGGCCACGGAUGGGGUGUCGCAGAUGAGGGCCAUGGAUAUGAAGACACGCCUGUCAGUUUUGAAGGUGCAGAUCAUGGAAGCUAUGGUCUAUCCAGUGCUGGUGCAGAAUACAGUGAUCAUGGUCACUGA